CGAGACUCGAAAUAACGGUUUUCUACCAGACGGUUCUUCUCUUAUCGACAUGAGUGGAGCUUCGCAGGCAGAAAUGGGGGACACGAACCCAUCAGAGUCUGUAAAGCGAAGGCCAGGCAGGUAUCACCAGUCUGCUUUGAGCAUGCUGGCCAUUCACAAAUCCACAAUGGAGAAACAGGCCAGAUUCAGACAGGAGAGGGAGGUGAGGAAGGCUAGUCUGACGCCAGCACACCAGUACAUGUUUGAAGUCCUGGCUGUUGGGCUUGGCCUGGAAGUUUCAGCGGUAGAAGAUUUUAUUCUUGAUGCCCCAUCAUUAGCACCGUUUGAUGAUUUCUUUGCCAAAGGAGGGUCAGAAGUUAUUUCAUUUGCGUACCAGGAAUCAGAGGUUCCAGGAGUAGAAUGUGGUCGCACUUUUCCUGGCGUGUCGAAGGGAACCAAAAUGAUGCGACUGUUCCUGGCCGAUAUGUCCGACACAUGCUUUGAAGGACUUUGUUUGUUUUUUCUGAGAACCAACGCGGAUGUUGCACUCAACCCAGCGAACAUCCACAAGGAGAUUUAUCUAUCCAUGCUCAGCGCCACAGAGGGGAUGCUGAAAGGAAUAAGAGAUUUGUUAUCAAAUGUGUACAUACCAGCAGUUUGUACAACUGAGAACUGGGGGGCUUUAAACCAGUCUAAACAUGGAGAGAAAAUCAAGCAGAACUUUAGAGAUGACCUGUUUCACUUCACGCACUUUCUGGAUGAGAUGCAGCUGAGCAUCGAGGGUACCGUUAAACUAACAAAAGCCUCAGAGAUCGACUUCUCCAGACUUGUGACCUUUGAGAAUAUAAAAGCGGCGGCUGAAGACGCGGACAUGGUGCGCAGACUCGAGGAGAUUUUAAUGGGGUGGCACAAGCAGAUCGAACAGGUGCUGACAGAAAGGAAUCAGAUUCGUAGAGAAGAUGAUGCGUUGGGGCCUUUGACAGAACUCGAACACUGGAAAAGGAUGUCUGCAAAGUUCAGCUCCAUCAUAGAACACAUCAAAGGCUCAGAAUGUAAAACUGUGGUGAACGUCCUUCAUAUAAACCGAUCAAAGACCAUAAAGCUAUGGCGGGAGCUAGAUAACAGAAUAACUGACUGUGCGAACGAGGCUAAGGACAACGUAAAAUAUCUCUCCAGCCUGGAGAAAAUAUGUCGGCCUCUUUAUAACUCUGAUCCAGUCACCAUGACUAAAAGUAUCCGGACUCUCAUCACCACCAUUUGCAUGAUACAUGAUGUGUCAAGAUAUUACAACACGUCUGAACGAAUGUCUACACUUUUUAUUAAAGUUACUAAUCAGAUGGUGACCGCCUGCAGAGCUUACCUUACUAAUAAUGGCACCUCAAGCAUUUGGGAUCAGGACACACACGAUCUCAUUAAGAAGAUGCAGGAGUGUAUCUGCCUGUUUGAGGAGUAUCGGUCAUGCUUCCAAAGUACGAAGAAGCAGAGGCUCGAGACGCAGCCCGGGAAAUCAUUCGAGGUGUCGGAGAUGUACAUCUUCCGCAAGUUUGACGAUUUCUGCAAGAGGCUCGAGAAGAUAACUCAGAUGAUCACAGUGAUAAAAUCGUUCUCGGCCCUCGGCCAGUCAAGAAUCGAAGGGCUCGAGGCUCUAGCUGCAAAGUUUCAGAACAUCUACAUCAACAUAAAAAAGAAGGAGUACGACAUACUGGCUCAAAGAAGAGAGGUGUUUGAGGUGGACUUUACCGAGUUCAUGUCUCACAUCAGUAACCUGGAGCACCAACUUCAAGAUUUAAUGAGAAAAUGUUUCUCCAAGAUUUUUUCAUCUCAACAAGCCUUAAAACCCUUUCAUGCCUGAGUGGAACAUUCCAUUUUCGGACACUAUGUAACAUGGUCAUAGAAAAAACCUUAUUGUGUAAAUACCGUACGUAGCAUAGACUACAUAUACAUACCAUUAUAACCAGAAGAAUCAGUUCUUUAAAAUGAUAUAAAACUCAGUAUGGUUAUUUAAGUGU